CUACCAGCCAUGUCUUGAAAAGCACGUCUAGUACAAACAAGCCCAGCGCCCACGAUCCAAGUGACAUAUCUAUACUAAUACUCUGCAACACUGAACACAACAAUCAUCAUCCCCUACCACAAAAGCUCAACUCCGUCACAAUCACCAUGACUAAAGACUCAACCCAAACUACAAACAGCACCCCGGAAUCCCAAUUCUGGGCCCUAAACAAGCAUCCCAAGCAGGUGACAUCCGCCGAUAUCACCGCCGUCUUCGACAAGCUCCAGCCCAUCGCCCCCGAAAAGCUCAUUGGCAGCCGAUGGAGAGGCUAUGCCUUCCACAGCGGCCACCCCGCCGAGAAGCUACUGAUGGAGGACCUUAAAUUCGCGGGGAAGGAUUUUGUCUCCUUGAGUGAGGUGAACCUCAUGGUGUUCGACGGGGAGGGAAAUUGGGUCAAGUCGGAGGAGUGGGGCAAUUCGAGGCUGCGCGAAGUCAAGUUCCGAGAGGUGGUCUCGGCCGCCUUGAUUUCUGACACCAAGCCUUGCAUCGAUUAUUGGAGGGGUGUCUCGGAUGAUGUGGUGAUGGUGGCGUUGGAGGACGAUGGGAGCUUGACGCAGGGGGCGGGACCUUUGUAUGGGUAUAUGAUCAGGGUUGUGUUGGAGUAG